UAUGCAUCAAAUGCGCACAGCUUGCUAGCAAGUUGUCACAGUUGUUCCCUCAAUUACACGGGCAACAGCUGUGCAUCGCUCUCACCGUCAACUUCGAGUCCCCACUUGCGCCGGCCGCCAAGCAAUCGUUGCUUCACUCGCGAGCCGCCUUUCUCUUCAAGCCGCCUCCACAACCGCGCUUCCACCCACGCUCCCACAUCUCCCUCGCCAUGCGGGUUCUGCAAUCCAAUCAUUCAUAACUCCUCCCAGCGUUGUCUUCCCCUCUCCAUCCUUGAACCCCACGGCGCGGAUGCCGAAACUCGAUACAAGCAUGGCCAGCAUCAACUCUCUACUUAACCACGGGCCUGCACCCGCCGACCAACGACGCUCGUCCUUUUCAUCAGCUUCCCACGAAUCUCCCCCUACCGAACAGCAGAUUUCGUCCUACCCCGCCACCACGUACGAAGCUGCCGCCGCUCUCACUGCGCUCGCAACUUCGGGUGCGCCAGACCUCCAAUAUGUCCCUGUUUUCAGCCGCGGGCUACCCUCUCCUACCGCCUUUUCACAUCCACUUCCUCGAGCGCGACGCACAAGCAGUUUUGGGUCAUACAUCGCACCUGUCGAGCCCUCCCCGCCCAUCGAACAGGCCCAGUCGCACUCUCCCACACUACACCAGUAUCAUCAUGACCCGAGGUCGCCGGAGGAGCACAGACGUAGGUCGUCGCUGAUAAACGUGCCGUCUCCUGAGGUGGUUCUUGCGCCCAUCCAUAAUCAUAGUGGCGCUACGCUCGACGAGCCGCAACAUGCAUCAGGCAUCUAUGGAACGACCGUGUCAUUCGAGGGACAUUCACAAACAAAGUAUGGGACAGAUGUGUCACAGUCGGUGCAAGACGGUGAACCCGGUUUGGACAGAACACAGAAUCGCGAACCAGCCUUUGUGCGCGACGAGCCCACGACGAAGCAGAUCCGCAAGGCGGAGUCGGCAGGGCAGACGCCACUUCAUCUCUCAACCGAUGCUGCUCUGAAGCAAGAACAGACUGAACCAUCGCCAUUGCCUGUUAUCAAAGACGAGCCGUCUGGUACACCGAGUGGUAUUGCGCCAGAACGGCGAAACUCACUCUCUUGCCUAUCAACAGAGAAACGACCAUCUAUCACGACGAAUGGUGUGGACCAAGAGACACUGAAGACUAUAGAAGCAUUGAAGCAGAACGAUCUAGGUCUUCGUACAAAGAAGUCGGUCACCGCGACUGAGAGCACAGUGGAAGCGAAACCCGCUCCUGCGCCCUCGAAAAAACGCCCUGCACCGGGUGCCUCCGCUAUCAAGAAGAAAGGAACCGCCGCGUUAAAGAAACCCGCUCCGAAGAGGCGCAAGCUAGAUGCCACCGAGUCGGAAUCGAAAGCACGGUCCGGGACACCUACAUCUCGAGCAAAACCAAAAAGCGGGAGGAAGGGCAGUACUCCGGCGGGAUCCUCGCCUGCGCCCGAAUACGCACGUUCCUCUCCAGCUCAUGCUUCAGAUGAUGAGGAGGAGCAGGGCUCGUCUGAUGACACCGCUCUAUACUGCAUUUGCCGCAAACCCGAUAAUCAUAGGUGGAUGAUCGGCUGUGAUGGCGGUUGCGACGACUGGUUCCACGGUUCGUGCGUGGAUAUGGUACAGUCGGACGAGGACCUGGUGGACAAAUUCAUCUGUCCGAAUUGCGAGGCUGCUGGGAGGGGAGAAACGACGUGGAAGCCCAUGUGCCGGAGAGAAGGGUGCAGGAAGCCUGCGCGACUGACGAAAGGACAAGAAAGCAAGUACUGCUCUGAUGAAUGCGGGGUAAAGUUUUUCCAGGAGCAGUUGGAGAGGACGGCAGGGGCGGGGAAGAAGGUUUCAGGUACAAAGAAGGCGAAGAAGAAAGGGGCGAAGGAUGGAGAGACGCAAAGUCGUGCAUCUGAUGGCGAGGACGAGGAACCUAUUCCCCUGGGUGGCGUCAUCCGGGCGAAAGAUCUCAAAGCGCUCGUCGUUGCAAGCAAAGACGUUGAAGCCUUCAAGCGGUUAGGUUCCGGCGUCCUCUCCCCUCCUCAUACCGCGUCCCCUCCCCAAGCAGGCUUCGACGGCGACGCGGAAAACGAAGACAUUCUCUUCACGCCCUCCGAACGUGAGCACCUCAACGCCCUGCGCCGAGAAAAGGACCAACUCAAACUCAAACUGGACGUCAUGAAAGAUCGCGAGAAAUUCGUCAGCAUGGCGCGUGAGCAAGCUUCGCGGUUAGCAGAGAGAGAAAAGAUCAAGGUUAAGGAGUUCUGUGGGUACGACGCUCGGCUGAGUUGGUCAGACCCCGAGUUUGCGAGGUGGAGGAGUAGUCGAGUAGGGAGGGCGGCGUUCAAGUUUAAUACGUUGGCGCCGAGUGAUGAGCAACUUGCCUCUGUGGAGGAGGAGGACGCGAAUGGGGAUAGGAAAGAUGUCGUCUGCCUGAGGAAACGCUGUGCCAAGCAUCCGCAGUGGCAGAAGUUGAAUCUCCAGGAUGCGCGGUUCGAGGAACUUGAAGUGGUGGAAGCGAUUCGGGAGUGUGAAAAGAGUGAAAAGGCAGUCAGGGAAAGGGGGAGGAGGAGGGCGAGGAAGGAUGAUAUGGAGAAGGAGUUGAGAGGGGCCCAGGGG